AUGUUAACUGGCAUAUAUGCUAGCCCUUGUAAUACUUCUAGAAGCAAUUUGUGGAGUUACUUGGAUAACCUGGCUAAUCGAGUUAAGCUUCCUGGGUUGAUUGUGGGAGAUUUUAAUGAACUAUUGUCCUAUUCUGAUAAGAUUGGUGGAUCUCAGCACUACAGAUUUGGUGGUAUGCAAGAUUGGGUGUGUAGGAAUGGUUUAAUUGAUAUGGGAUACCAAGGUGCUGAUUAUACUUGGAAAAAUAACUUUGUAAAAGAAAGACUUGAUCGAGGUUUCUGUUCCUGUGAUUGGAGGCUCCUCUUUCCUGAUGCUUGUAUUAUGCAUUUGGCUAGAAUGAAAUCUGAUCAUUGUCCUAUUCUUGUCAAACUCAACCACAACAGUAGGACCACCAGAAGAAAUUCUCCUUUCAGGUUUCAUGCUAUGUGGAUGCAGCAUGAGAGCUAUAUGGAUAUGGUUAAUGGAACUUGGAACAACUGCUCUGGUGAUUUACAGGUUAAAACUACUACUCUUGCCCAUUCUCUCAGCAUUUGGAAUAAAGAAGUGUUUGGUAAUAUUUUCAAGUAG